AUGCACUGCCUACUCGCCAUUCUUUUGCUAGCUGGAGAUCAAGCACGACCUAAUGACCGCCUGGCCGUCAUGAGUCUCGACCGGAAUAAUGGGUAUUAUGAAAUUUACGACCCGGAAGGAAGACGACAGUUCCGAAAGGUCGAUUUUGGCGGCGAGAUAAUGGUGGCUGGGAGUGCGACCAACGGGCCCGGCACAUACAUGGCAAUCUAUUGCUCUCCAUCACUAAGUCUGGGAAGUUUAGGGAGUUAUAUUACGCAAAACACGAGACAUCUGGAAGAUAGAUCUAAGUUUGGCUUUCACCAGGAUAUUUCGAAAGAACGAAAUUGUCUCCAACUUGCCAAGGAUAAACUCAAAAAUCUAUCGAGUGGUGAGGGCAUCUAUAUUCGUAGGCUCCUGCACAUAGAGGAUUGCAGUAAGAGUGUAAUUUACAGUUUGGCUUUUCAGGGAAACUUCAAUAUCAAAAAUCUCCAAGAUGUAGCCCUCACGCCUGGAAGGCAAUUCCUUGGGAUAAUUUUCAUUUAUAAUCUAUUUGCAAUGUCCGAUGUGGUACUGGACGGUAAAGUUCUUCUGCCAACGGAAAGCCAAGGUUUGCAAGGCGUGCUAGCUUGGUAUCAGGGCCAUUUAAAUGUAUUCCAGAAGAGCAAGCAGAGCACUAUUUGGGACCCGAUAAAGCGAUCGUUGCACGACGACAACGACUAUCACUAUAUCAUCGACUUCUUGUCCAACCAUAUUGCCGAGAUUGACAGGAUUAGGUCUGCACUGGAGUCAGCCGGCCCUGCAACUGGGUCACCAUCAUCCGGUCAACAACGACUUGAGAACAAAAGCAAUCUUGAAAUAGAACAAGAGAUCAAGCAGCAACUUGGGCUUCUUGCGACCAAAAAUUUGCGAUUUCCUGAAUCACGUGCUAAUGGAUUAGUUGGUCCAUUUAAGGAUAGGACUGAAGACAAACAAUGCUAA